AUGAGUAACGAACACUGGAGCAUCAGUCGUCGUUGGGAGGACGUACAGAUGUCGAGUACAUCUGACGAACCAAUCAAGUACUCACUCUCUGACAGUGGGAUUGACUGCGAUAUUGAGGUGCGAUUGUUUGUUUUGUUUGUUUGA